UGGGCGGGAGCGGGAGUUGGGAGGUGACGGACGGCCCCGCGCGAGCCCGAGCCCGAGCUGAGGAGAAAGUCUGCCCUGAGUCGGAGAGCGACGAGCGCCGGCGUCAACGAUGAUGAUGAGCCAGUGGGAAUUACUGAAGCAGCUUGACACCAAGUACCUGGAGCAACUGGAUGAGCUGUACCAGAAUGAAGCUCUUCCUAUGGACAUUCGGGAAUACCUGGCUCACUGGAUUGAAGCGCAGCACUGGGAGCAAGCCGCAACUAGUUACUCCCAGGCCACCAUCCUCUACCAGAACCUCCUGGAACAGAUCAACAACCAGUACAGCCGCUUCAUGCAGGAGAAAGCUUUCGUCAGCCAACACAACUUCAAGAAAUACAGGCAGAACAUUCAGGCUGUUUACGGAGAGGACCCUGUUCAGUUGGCAAAGUAUGUGGCUGCUUACCUGAAGGAGGAGGGGAAGAUACUGGCCAAGGUUGUGGUGGAUCAGCAGGCUCCAGUCGGGAAAAACCAACCCAUGGAAUCAGAGAAACAGCAAGACAUCGAACAGAAAAUGAUGCAUUUGAAAUCGAGUGCACAGAUGUGCGAGCAAGAGUCCACCUUUUUGGAGGAACAGCAGGACGAGUUUGAUUUCAAGUUCAAGACUCACCAAGUGAGACGCCAAGAGACCAGCAAUUACAAUGAUGCCCAAUUGACAGAAGACUGGAAGACAUUGCAGAUCAUGCUAAACAAACUGGAUUCCAGUCGGAAUAGUUUCAUUGAUAAAUUCAGCGAACUGCUGACCAAAGCUGAGAAGCUGCUGGACAUUCUGGUGAGCGAGGAGUUGGUGGACUGGAAGAUACGGCAGCAAAAGGCUUGUAUUGGAGCCCCUAUAACCGUCAGCCUGGACCAGCUGGAGAACUGGUUCACGGUGGAGGCAGAGUGCCUGUUCCAGCUGAAACGGCUACUGAAGAAGCUGGAGGAACUGGGGAAAAAGGUGACAUACGAGAACGAUCCCUUCAAAACGAAGAUACCAGCUUUGAAGGAGCGAACUAUCAAGCUGCUCAGCAGCCUCAUCAAAAGUGCGUUUGUUGUGGAAAACCAACCAUGCAUGGCUCCUCAGACUAAGAUGCCUCUCUUGCUGAAAACAAGCACCCAGUUCACCGUAAAGCCCAGACUCUUGGUGAAGCUGCCGGAACUGAACCACCUGAUGAAAGUGAGAGCUUGCAUCGACAAGAAUCCACCGAAUGGGAAAGGGUACCGGAGGUUCAAUAUCUUGGGCACAAUUAGCAAGGCCAUGAAUAUGGAUGAGUUGAGGCACGGGGGAUUGUGUGCUGAUUUCAGACAUCUGCAACUCAAAGAGCAGAAGUCUGGCAUUGGAGGCAAAGGCAGCAACGAGGUGUCCCUGAUAGUGACUGAGGAGCUGCACAUCAUUAGUUUUGAGACAGAGCUGCACUGGCAGGAGCUGGUGGUAAAACUCGAGACCUCAACGUUGCCUGUGGUUGUGAUUUCCAAUGCCAGUCAGCUCCUCAGUGGUUGGGCCUCAGUACUUUGGUACAACAUGCUGUGCAAUGACCCAAAGCACUUGCUGUUCUUUUCCAACACUCCAGCGGCCCCUUGGCACCAGCUCUCCGAUGCCCUGAGCUGGCAGUUUGAGUCCAACACCAAGAGAGGGUUGGACAGCGACCAACUCUCUAUGUUGGCAGAAAAGCUCUUUGGGCCUCAACAGAAUUACGCAGACUCUUCCAUUUCGUGGGCAAGGUUUUGCAAGGAGAAUUUACCCAAACAAAAUUUUUCCUUUUGGAUUUGGCUGCAAGGCAUUCUGGAACUCAUCAAACGUUACCUGGAGGAUAUCUGGAAUGCCGGGCACAUUAUUGGAUUUCUGAGCAAACAGAGGGAGAAGAUUCUCUUGAAAACAAAGCCCACUGGAACCUUCCUGCUGCGCUUCAGUGAGAGCUACCGAGACGGAGGCAUCACCUUCUCUUGGGUGGAACAUUUACCCAACGGAAAGCCCAAGAUCCACUCUGUGGAGCCCUACACUAAGACACACCUGUCCAACAUCUCUCUCUCGGAUAUCAUCCAUAACUACAACAUGAUCGCCGACGAGAACGUUCCCGAGCACCCCUUGCUCUACUUGUACCCCAACAUCCCGAAGGACGAAGCCUUCGGCCAUUACUACACCAACUCUGAACCAGGUCUGAUGAAUCACAAAUACUUGAAAACCAAGUUAAUUGUGGUGUCCGAGAGACCCCCCACUGCUGUACCAUCCACUGAACGGCUGGAAUCGUUGGACAUGGAUCUGUAUGACUUUCCGCUAUCAGAUUCAGAUUUAAUACAGCUCCUGGAGACGAGUGAUCUGAAUCAACCCUGAGCUGUUCUGACCUUCAAGGAGGCUUGUGCUAUUGAUGCAAAGACUGCACCCCCUUCCCCCACCCCCUCCAACCCCUCCUACCACCAUGAGGAUGUCUUGUCAUUGGCUCAUAUGACCAGCUGUACUCCGGAAAAGACCGGAUCGAUUGACCACUGCAAACAACAAUAACUUAUCUUCUCGGUUGAUCCACACCACAAAUAGCAUUGGGCUGAAAUGUUGACGCAGGUUUCUCUCUGUAUGCUUGUCAGAUUCUGCCCUGCUGCACUGAGUGCUGGUGCUGUGAAUGGGGUUGACAAAUCGAUCGAGAUGUCCUUGCCUCGUUUUCCCCCCGAAAUCAUACGGUGGGGGUGGGGGGAUUCCCUCCCGAAUCCAACCCCCAACUC